AUUUGUACCUCGUACUUCAACCAAGUACCGCAUGAGCGUGAGAUUUCAUGACUCUUUCUCUUGUCUGUUGUGAGAUUUUCUGUAUUUAAGUCUAUAAGUCUAGCUAAAAUUUCACUUCCACGAAAACAACCAUACAAUCAGUAAAUCCCUUCAUCUGAAUAGCAUAUCAAAAUAUCACAUCGCAAUUUCGUCUUUCUUAAAAUCUCACAACCACAACAGAAGACUUCUCUCAAAAAAAACAUCAGCCCAUAAACUGCGCAAACAAACAUGGCAGUCCCCUCCCCAUCUCUGGCCGCUGAACUCGCCCCCCACUUCCUCGAAACGCGUUCCGAGCCCACAGAAGAAUCCUCCGCAGGUCUGACCUCGCAGAUGCAGCACCGCCUCGACAUCGUCAACUUCUGGGCCCUCGCCCCGGGCUCCCGCGUCCUCGAGCUCGGCUGCGGGCAAGGCGACACCACCAUCGCGCUCGCGCACGCCGUCGGUCCCAGCGGCCACAUCGACGCCGUCGACCCGGGCUCCCCAGACUACGGCACGCCCCCCCUAAAAGACGCCCAAAGCCACAUCCUGACGACUCCACUCGGGGCGAGGAUAAGCUUCCACCACGCAACCGCAACCUCGUACGUAGAGCAGUACGCCGGGCCGGCCUAUGAUUACAUCGUGCUGGCGCACUCGCUCUGGUACUUCGAGAACCCUGCCGUGCUGCCUGAGCUACUCGCCGCUCUCUCACCGCACCUCUCUCCCAACACAAGACUCUGCAUCGCCGAAUGGUCCCUCCGCGCCUCAUCCCCCGCCUCCACCCCGCACGUCUGGACCGCCCUCCUGCGCGCCCUCCUCGAAGCCAAGCGGCCCGUCCCCUCGGCCGCAAACAUCCGCACCGUCCUCUCGCCCUCGCAGGUCAAGAACAUCGUCACCUCGCUCUCCCCCUUGAAACUAAUCAGGGAGGCUAUCAUGCCGACGAAUGAGGGCAUGCAAGACGGCUUCUGGGAGGUCAGCUACACGCUCCGUAAGCGGGAAGCGGAUAUCCAACGGUUGGUAGAUACAGGCGUCAGUGAUGCCGAACGGGUACAAGUCGAAGCUUAUUUCGACGCGCUUCAGCAUGCGGUGGAUAGCUUGGGCGAGGCGGGGGUGGAGGGGGUGAGGAGUAUGGAUUUCUGGGCCGCUGUUUUUGGGCCGUAGGUAUAGAUAGGGUGAGGCGUCAGCUUUGAUGGUGGAAGAGAAGGGUAGAAGAAGUGAAGGAAUUGGAGAUGGUGUGGAUAUAAUAUGGAGCGAGUUUCGCACUCUGGGAAAACCCCGAUGGAUGCUGGCCUGCCGGCGAAGGAGUAAAGGUCUUGGAUGUGCCGGGUUUUCUUUCCGUUGCUUCAUUAUCUGGCUUACUUAUUGCUCUUCCUUUCGAUUAAACCGUGGGUGUAAGAUUAGCUUUUACAUGGGAAUGCAAAGGCAGCUGGAGUUCCUGGUUGUAAUUUGAGGUAUAGGGAG